AUGAGCGGCAAAAACGACGACGAUGGUGGUGGUGGUGACGAAAAUGAGGAUUCGGAGGAUGAAGACUUUGAAUUCGAGGACAUCAAAGCGCACGAGAAGGCGUUAGAGGAAGACGGCAAUGAUGAUGAUGAUGCAGGGGGAAUGUUUGAUGAAGGUGUUGUUAAUGGAGGAGAGGAGAAAGAAGGAGAGGAGCACGGAGAAGGCGCUUUGGGAGGCGCGGGUGGUCGUGGUCAUCCGAACGCGAUGGAUGACGAUGAUUUACUGCGACAACAAAUGGCCUCCAUGCGAGGGAUACUGUCCAAAUCGAAACGAUUGAACGUGCACUCGUUGGGGAAUUACACGUUUGGCGUAAAAGUGGUGAAGAAGAAAGAAGGCGGAGAAGGAGGAGAAGAGGAGGAAAAAAGUAACGCGAAAGAUGCGAGAUUAAGAAGGAUUCGAGAGCAGUACGAAAAAAGCGGAGGGAUUGCGAGACGGUCCGUGGCUGGCGUGUGCGUGGUGAAUCAGCACGGGUGUCCGCACGUCUUGUUGUUGCAAGAAUCGACGUUGCCUCCGGGCGCGCAGCAGCGAACGGCGGACGGAAAGCCGGCGUCGCAGUGGGACAGACCUGGGCAGCACUUUUCCGCGAGUACGAGCACGUUUCGGUUACCUGGUGGGAGGUUAAGAGCCGGGGAAGGGACCACGGAAGGGUUGAAGAGAAAGUUAGCGAACAAAUUAGCCGCGCCGAACGAAUCGAACGAGGCGAAUUUGAGAGCCUCGUUUGACAUUUUAGAUCAGUUGUCCACGUGGUACAGGAUAGGAUUCGAGCCGCAAAUGUACCCGUAUUUGCCACCGCACGUUACGAAACCGAAAGAAACGUUGGAGGUGUUUUUAGUGGAGUUGCCGGAGAAGUGUUACUUUGCGGUGCCAAAGACGAGCAAGUUGGUGGCGGUACCGAUUUUCGAGUUGUACGACAACGCCGAGAAGUUUGGAGCCGUGGCGAGUAGCAUUCCGCAUUUACUAUCAAGGAUUGAUAUUAACUUAGAGACGACGAUUGGUUGA